UGAUUUCCGACGUCAAAAAUCGAGAAAUAAACAUGGAAAUGGAUAGAAAAUUCCAUGUUAUUAUUCUCAUCCAUCUUCACCCAUCCUCAUUUAUCCUCAUAAAUUUCUUAUUCAUUGUUCAAAAUAUUAAUUUUUAUUUUUUAGAAUUAACACUAAACAAAUGUCUAAUAAAACUGCUGAUCCAAAUUACCUCAUGAUAUCCGCAUGCUCGAAAAAUUCGGAAGUGAUUUCGAAGUGAAUAUGGUUUUUUUUUCAAUCCAAAUUCCCUCGGGGUUCCGGAGUUUGAUCCCUAUCGUAAAAAUAUUUAUAAUUUGACUACGAUCAGAUAAUUAUUGCUUCUAUAAAUUUUCAGUACAGCACAGAACAAAAUAUUAUGACAUUUAUAAUUUAACACACGACAAUUUUUUUUAUAUUUAUUUGAAUAAACCGAAUGCAACUGUUGUUUAAACAGAUCGAAAAAUAAAUAACACAUAACUAAUAGGUGUUACAAAGGUUCCAGAAGAUCUACAAAAUUAAUCAAAUGUAUAUUUCUGAUUUUUGAUACAAUUAUAGUAUUUAUAUUUACACAAUAAUUCAUAACAUGUCUCUAGGCCCUUUGACAUUGAAUUUAUCUAAACAGCAAUAAAUAAAUGACAAUGAAAUAUAUGUAUAUUUUAUUUUGAUUUAUUUAAAAUUGUGCAGACAAGUGUUUUACGGCGAAUUUUCUGAAUAGGCGAUAGAAUUUAUAAUAAGCCGACAUGCGGAGUAAUAGAUUAGCUUCUUUUCAUUCUCGAGAGGAUUCACUUUCGAUUUCUGAACACCAUCAAGCGGUUCAUUCUAUUUUUUACUAUGGCUACCUUAUUAAAAUUAAUCAGUCAAUUAAUUUUUCUGAGUACUGUCUUAAGCGCUCCAUCUCAAGAGAUACAUCAUCAUAUGACGACUGAAGAAAUAAUGGAAGCGUUUCAUACAGAUGGAACUGAAGUACCGCCUUAUGAGGUAAUAGAGAUCCAUUCAUCUUCUGUUAAAAAGCGGGAAAAGCGGGAUAUCAAUGGAGGACAUAUUUUUGAAUUAAAAGCUUUUGACCAAAGAGUUAAAUCAUGGAUUACACCUACUGAUGGAAUAUUAGCUGGCUCAGAUACUCCAAUUUGUGGAGUAAGAAGUAGUAGGGGCGGUAUUGUGAUAACUCCAUACCCAAAAGCGAUGGAAGAAAUAGAAUCUAUGUUGUAUCAUAAUAAAGAGAGCGGAAUUACUAUGACCGUUAAUCAACGUCCUGAUGGAAGCAGAGCAAUGAAUGGUAUUAUUGGAGAUAAAAAUUGGUAUGUUACCCCCGUGCCCGAUCGUCUGAGAAACUCAAUAAAUCGGUACAGAAGAUCUGUUGAUGAUAUGAAAUCUGAGUACGAGGACAAAUCCUACCAUUUUGUUUUUGAAAUACCGAAAACUCAUCAUAACACAACUCUGAUGGCUCCACUAACUCAAUCAACGAGAACAAAACGCUCUGCAGGACUUCCUUUUAUUGUUUAUCCCGAAGUUCUUGUAAUUGUUGAUUAUUAUCUGUACCAACAGCUCGGUGGUUCUUAUCAAAAAGCUGUGCCAUAUCUAUUGAGCUUUUGGAAUGGAGUUGAUAUGAAAUAUCGUGGCCUGCAAAAUCCAAGAUAUCGUUUGAAUAUAGCAGCAAUUUUUCUUGCCGAGGAUCCGAGCGCUCUUAUAUAUUUGGAACGAUCGAAAAUCAAUAAAAUCGAUUCUAUUGAUGCUCACUUUUCAUUACAAAUGAGCAGCCAAUGGCUCCACAGACAUACAUCAGUAAUUCCAUCGCGUUUAUACGACGUUGCUGUUACGAUGACAAAAUACCAACUGUUCAUGAGAAACGAGAGAAAUGGCGCUUAUGAUGAAUAUAUUUUUGGUCGUGCUUGGAUUAGCGGAGCUUGUCAAAAAAAUAAUGAAUAUGGAGAUCAGAGAUCUGCGGUUAUGCAUGAUGAUGGAGCUUACGGAGGAAUUCACACUGCAGCUCAUGAAUUGGGACACUUGCUAGGAGCUAUUCAUGAUGGUACUGAUCACAGAGAAUGCCCAAAACAACUGGGUAACAUAAUGGCUGGUGCACCAAUUUUGGAUUCAGAUAAUUCGUACAAUUGGUCUCCGUGCAGUUUGAAUGACUUAUCUAAUUUCUUCCGCCGUAGUGAUGCCUCGUGUCUUUACAAUAAACCGAGCCCAGGCAGAGAACUACCGAGAUUGUUACCUGGUAAAAUAUUGAACGCAGAUAGACAGUGUUCAAUAAUUAACAAAAACACGGUAGCUGUGGUUACUCCUCAGAUUUGUAAGAGAUUGACGUGUCUUGAUCUACUGACCAAUAGACCUUAUACAGAUUGGGGCUGGUCAGCAGCUGAUGGUACUAAUUGUGCUCGAGGAAAAAUAUGUCUCUAUGGAGAUUGCGUUGAUGAAAAUGUAAUAGGAUGAUUAAAUACUUGAACUGUUUUUAAUUGAUGUUAUUAAUUGGACGGUUUUUUCUAAUCAGGAUAAAGAAUAGUCGAAGAAUUACGGUCUCAAAUAUCAGCAGUCCCUCUACUUCAUGUUCCUGAAGAUCGGAACGUUUUUCGCGCACUGAAAAUGAAAAAUAUUUAUGUAAUUCGACUGCUUAAGGGUACUUUCGGAAAUUCGGGGUGGUCUAAAAUUUUUGGCUGACAUACCAGCAGAUAAGCGGAAUAUUUCAAAAGUCGUCAUCUAGUAGAUUUUUUACUUAUCAUUUUUUUUUUUUGUUGCGCGAAAGACGUUCCGAACUUCAGGAACAUUCACGUCCAAAAUACAGAAAUUACAUUAUUUAUGAAAUGCAGUAAUUAUUUAGCAAUUAUUAGAGUUUCAUGUAAAACUUUUUUCAGUUAUUAAUAGCGUUUUAUUCAUAAUAAAGUUCUGUUCAAUUAAAAAAACAAUUAUAAGAUGUACUUUUGAUUACAGUGUAAACUGUAAUAUUCAGUUUUUUUAUACAAGGGCCCGGUUUUUGCAAUAAAAACUGUAAUUUUUCCACUGUUUUUUUUUCCGUGAAAAGUAAAUUUUGGUUAAAAAAAUUGUUCUAGACCAAAAUUUGGUAAAGACAAAAUUUUGAAAAAAAGUUUAAUUUGGACAUUAUUGGAAAAUACCGUCCAAUUAUAAGUGUAAUAAACUUUUUAAUUUUAAUAAAAUUUUUUGAAUGUUUAA